CACUGUUCCAGUUGAACAUCAAGAAGAGGUCAGGCAACUGACAGAUAACAUUCGAGAACUGGAGCAACUGCUAAGGCAAGAUUAUCGUCGGAAACAAACAGCUUUGCAAGAAUUAGCUUCGCAAAAGAAGUCGGAUAUUUCAGAGAGUACCCGAAAACUGAAUGACCUUAAAGUGAUAAUGGCUACGCUGAAAGAAGAACAAGAGCAGCUGAAAUCAAAAAUUGUGGAGAGUCCAGAGGAGCUGAAAAAUUACAAAGAACUGAUGAAAGAGACUGUUAAGAAACUCAAGAAAUCCAAGCAAGAAGUAACUGAGAAAUAUGAAGCUUACAGAGACCUAGUUGAGGUUCUGCCAGCAUGCCAACUGGAGGUGCAGUUAUAUCAAAAGAAGAUGGAAAGGCAAGGAGCAAAUGUGGAGAGACUGGCCAGUGUAUUAUCAGAGGUCAGGAAUCUGGAAGACCAGCUUGAGAGCGCUCAGAUAGAGCUGAAAAAGGGGAAGACAGAUGAAAUGUCUGUAAAGAGACUGGUCACUGCAAAACACGAGAAGCUGUCUACAGCUGAAAUAAGGAUCAAGAAGAAGCGUGAAGAUGUUGAGCAUUACAAGCAGACCGUAUUUGAAUAUUGUAACAGAGUGCAGGAGAAGAGGGGUGCUGUGUAUGAUAAAGUGACGGCUAUUCACAAGGAGAUCCAACAGACGAGGUUCAAAAUCCAGCAGCUGAAGGAGAAUGCUGAAAAAGAAGAAGCAAAAGCCAAGGAAAUAUACCUAAAUCUGAAGGCUGGGUUGGAGAAGCAUCAUGACUCUCUCAUUAAGGCAGCAGAGAGUUAUGCAGACUCGAGAGAAGAUAAAAUUGCUGAAUUGAAGAAGGGGCUGCUUAAAGUUCAGGCUCCUGGAAGUAGUUCUUAGACCUGACUUCACUUGUGUUCCA